AUGGCUACGGAGAUCAAGAAGAUGGCCGGUCUGCCCAAGCCACGGGUGCCUUCCUGGGGGGUGGUGGCUGCGCCCUCCGUGAUGACUGUGGACGACGGUCUCCGGGAUGGGGGACUAGGGGAGGGGGAUAUGGCCGACGGUAGAGCUGUGGAAGCGAGUGGUUCGGUGGUCGGGUGGCUGGGGUCCAGUUGGAUUGAGGAGAAGUGGGAGCGGUUGUUGGACGCGUUGGAGCGUGCUGAGAUGGGCGUGCGGGAGUGGUACCGCCAGUGUCUGGUUGAUCCGAGAAGGUUCCUCAUUGCGUUUGGGAUGGCGAUGUAUGCUUACGGCCCCGUGGAGAACAUGUUGUGUGUGGGCUACACUGCGACCAAGGAAGCUCGAGCAUCUGCAUGUACUGUCACCUUGGGUGCGGUCGCCUGGAUCCUCCCUUUGUUCGCGCUGACCGCUUUCUAUACCAACAACGGUACUUGGGACCCCUGGUUCGAUACCGACAACUGGCUACUCAGUCUAGGGUUCGCCGCCUUCCUUGCGGGCCUCUUUCUCAAAUUCCCUUUCCACCUCUUCCCCGUCGUCAACGCCAUACAAGACCACCUUGGCACCUACCCUCCCGCCGGCUUCCUCCCCAACCCCAUCAUCGUCCAUGACGAGGCGCUCGACGUCGCCAACUGGACAGGAAACGACCAACUCCGAGAGGCCACACAACCACCCAGGUGCGCACACUGCAAAGUCGAAAAAGCCAGAACUUUAGUCUUCAUCAAAGCUUCUCUCGUACUGACCCACCUUCCUUCCUUACCCUUUCAUGACUUCUUCCUCACCCCUUCCUUACCCCGUCCUGCCACCUUCCAGGCCCACCUGACACUCCCUGGCGCCUUCCGGGUUGACACCUUUGCCGUGACCCGACGACUUCGCGGCUGA